GCCAUAUACCAUAUUCCAGCGGGGAUUUGAUUUGGUGCUGGGAGAACAGCCUUCUGACAAGAUAUUCAGAUUCACCUACACUCUUGGGGAAGGCAUGUGGCUACCACUGAGCAAAAGCUUUGUGAUCCCACCUGCUGAAUUGGCCAUCAAUCCAUCCGCCAAGUGCAAAACUGAUAUGACAGUGAUGGAGGAUGCUGUAGAGGUCAGGGAAGAACUGAUGACUUCCUCCUCCUUUGAUAACCUGGAGGUUCUCCUAGAUUCUUUUGGCCCAGUCCGGGACUGCUCCAAGGACAAUGGGGGCUGCAGCAAGAAUUUCCGCUGCAUUGCAGAUCGGAAAUUGGACUCCACGGGUUGUAUGUGUCCACCUGGUCUCAGCCCCAUGAAAGAUGGCACUGGCUGCUAUGAUCGCCACAUUGGUGUGGACUGUUCAGAUGGGUUCAAUGGUGGUUGUGAGCAACUCUGUCUACAACAUAUGGUGCCUUUGCCAGAAGACCCUUCUUUGUAUAAUAUUCUUAUGUUUUGUGGAUGCAUUGAAGAUUACAAGCUAGGUAUGGAUGGACGAUCUUGUCAGUUAAUUUCGGAGUCCUGUCCGGAGGGUGCUGACUGUGAAGAGAGCCGAGAGCUGCCCAUGAAUCAAACUCUCUUUGGGGAAAUGUUCUAUGGUUACAACAAUCAAACGCGUGAGUUGGCACCUGGGCAGGUGCUGAAGGGGACAUUCAGGAUGAAUAACUUUGCUCGUGGUUUGGAGCAACAGCUGCCAGAUGGGCUAAUGUUGGCCACCGUUCCACUAGAGAAUCAGUGCCAUGAGGAGCUGUCUGAGCCUACUCCUGAUCCAGAUUUUCUAACUGGGAUGGUGAAUUUCAGUGAGAUUUCUGGAUAUCCUUUGCUACAACACUGGAAAGUUCGCUCUGUCAUGUACCAUGUUCGGUUGAACCAAAUGGCUACCUCUCAGUCUUUUGGCAAUGCCCUUCAUUCUCUGGAUGGAGCAACAUCUCGAGGAGAUUUUGUGGCUCUGCUGGAUCAUUUUGGCAACCAUUAUAUACAGGAAGCUGUCUAUGGAUUUGAAGAAUCCUGCUCUAUUUGGUAUCCCAACAAGCAAGUACAAAAGCAGCUCUGGCUGGAAUAUGAAGAUAUUAGCAAAGGUAACUCCCCAUCAGAUGAAUCUGAAGAACGUGAGCGAGAUCCCAGAGUCCUCACUUUUCCAGAGUACAUUGCCAGUUUGUCAGAAUCAGGGACCAAACGUAUGGCAGCUGGAGUGCGCAUGGAAUGCCAAAGCCGGGGCCGCUGCCCUUUCUCCUGUCCUUUAUGUCAUGUGACCUCUAGCCCAGAUGCUGUGGCUGAACCCAUCCUCCUGGAGGUCACAAAAGCAGCACCCAUCUAUGAGUUAGUCAUCAACAAUCAGACUCAGAAGCUGCUGCAAGAGGCCACCAUGAGUUCCCUGUGGUGCUCGGGCAGUGGAGAUGUCAUCGAGGACUGGUGUCGAUGUGAUUCAAGUGCAUUUGGUGCAGAUGGGCUUCCAGCCUGUGCCCCCCUCCCACACCCUGUGCUAAGGUUGUCCACAGUUCAUGAGCCUAGCAGUUCUUUGGUGGUGCUGGAGUGGGAGCACUCAGAGCCACCAAUUGGGGUGCAGAUUGUUGAUUACCUCAUCCGCCAGGAGAAGAUCACUGACCGCUUAGACCAUUCGAAGGUGGAAACUGAGACGGUGCUGAGUUUUGUCGAUGACAUCAUCUCUGGAGCCAAAUCACCCUGUGCGAUGCCGGCCCAGGUGCCCGACAAGUUAUCUACAACCAUUUCCUUGAUCAUUCGUUGUCUGGAAUCUGACACUAUGUACAUGUUCACGCUUUGGGGUGUGGAUAACACAGGAAGACGUUCAAGGUCAAGCGAUGUGACAGUGAAGACUCCUUGUCCAGUCGUGGAUGAUGUCAAGGCCCAAGAAAUAGCUGAUAAAAUCUACAACCUCUUUAAUGGCUACACUAGUGGAAAAGAGCAGCAAACAGCCUACAAUACCUUACUGGACUUGGGUUCCCCAAGUCUUCACCGGGUCCUCUAUCACUACAACCAGCACUAUGAGAGCUUUGGGGAGUUCACUUGGCGCUGUGAGGAUGAACUGGGACCUCGGUAA